AUGCCACGCCCAUCGAAAUCCGGCCCUUCCAACCCAUCCAGCAGCAAGACAUCCAGAUCAACCCCACGCUUCAAAUGUAUCUGUGCGCGGUGCUCGCUCACGUCAGCGGGCUACGUUCUGCAAACGGCGCAGGAGAUCAGAAGACACAAUGAUAGAUAUGGCCGUAAGAAGACUCAACGACGCACCACGACGAAUGCUACUCUAGCGACCCAGGCAGCAACCAGCACUGCUGGUCCUUCUCGGCAGACUCAGGGCUCGGAAACUCAAGCACCUCAGGCUCAGGCGACUCACUCACGUCGACUGCUCGAUCUCUUAGACGUAAACCUGGACUUUGUGCUAGAACCACCUCGUGGAUUUGACGAGGACGAGGACGAGGAGUUCGAACUGCGUCCACCCACUCCCCGGCCUCAGUCGCCCCUCAGGCUGCCGACUCCACCUCUGGAACAACGCUGGCACCGCGUCGACCUUGGUGUAUGCGUACCUGGAGAAACAGCGAUUAAUCUAGACGACGAUGACGAUGAACCAGAUGAAGAGCCAACCCUGUUACCUCGGGCAUUCAAAGAACGCCCAGAAGUUCGAAAUGCGUACCUCAGAGCUGUGCUUGCCAACGUCUUCAGUAAGGUCUCGGUCGCGGAUGCAUCAGAUCUGUUGUCGGCAAUGCUCGACAACGCGUCUAUCAUUCGACCUCUACCGGAUCACCCGCGCCCUGUUCGAACCCUCAAGAGUGCCAAGCAGCGUCUCGGCAUUGACCCCGACCAAUACAUCAUCAAAUAUGCGGUAUGCCCCGACUGCUGGAAGCAUUACCACCCGACCGAUCUCCAGACUCUGAUGUCUCCUGUUUGCUCUGUCGACGGCUGCUCGGGUGUUAUAUACGAGGACUUUAUCAAUGCUCGAUGUAAACACAUUCGCAAACCGUUCAAGCUUCACCCUCAAGUGUCGAUCAUUGCGUCAUUGCGACGCAUGUUCAUGCGUCCUGGGUUUGCUCGCAUGAUACGAGACAGCAGAGCUGAUGUACCUGACAGAGACGUCGAUGAGCACUUCGUCAUGCGAGACAUGCACGACGGCUCGCUUUGGCAUGAACUCAACACGCAUACAGUCCGGGAAGUUGGUGAACACGGCCAUGUUCGCGAUCGCCCCGAAGAUGACCACGACACGGCUCCAAAGCUAACGUCGCACCGAUACGGGCUUCAUCUCACCUGCAAUAUUGAUUGGAUGGGUGUCCUCGAAAACCGGCCGCAUUCGACGGGAGCUAUGUACAUUGCCAUCAACAACCUUCCCCGCGAGCACCGAUUCCUUCAAUCCAACGUCAUAUGCGCCAGUGUCAUGCCAGGCCCCAAAGAGCCUGAUGUCCGGCAAAUCAGUCACUGCAUGGAGCCGUGCACGAAGGAGAUCUCAAUCCUUCGUAACGGUAUCACUCUGUGUCUCAUGUCUAAUGGUAAUCACUGA